CGUGUUCCGGGCGUUUCCGGUUCCGGGGCGAGGCGAGGCAGUGUCCGGCCCGGCGCGGCGGCGCGCUCCGCCAUGCCAUGUCCGCGCUGAACUGGAAACCCUUCGUGUACGGCGGGCUCGCCUCCAUCGUGGCCGAGUUCGGCACGUUCCCCGUGGACCUGACCAAGACGCGCCUGCAGGUGCAGGGCCAGAGCGCCGAUGCGCGGUUCCGCGAGGUGCGUUACCGCGGCAUGUUCCACGCCCUGUUCCGCAUCUGCCGCGAGGAGGGCGGCCGCGCCCUCUAUUCGGGGAUCGCCCCUGCGCUGCUGAGACAGGCGUCCUACGGCACCAUCAAGAUCGGCAUCUACCAGAGCCUGAAGCGGCUGUUCGUGGAGCGCCUGGAAGAUGAAACGUUGUUAAUCAAUGUAAUCUGUGGAGUGGUUUCAGGGGUGAUCUCCUCUGCACUUGCCAAUCCGACAGAUGUGCUGAAGAUUCGAAUGCAAGCUCAAGGCAGUUUGUUCCAGGGUGGCAUGAUUGGCAGCUUCAUCGAUAUCUACCAGCAAGAGGGUACCCGAGGCCUCUGGAGGGGUGUUGUUCCAACAGCCCAGAGAGCUGCCAUUGUGGUUGGGGUGGAACUGCCAGUCUACGACAUCACCAAGAAGCACUUAAUUCUGUCAGGCCUGAUGGGUGAUACAAUCUUUACCCACUUUGUUUCCAGUUUUACAUGUGGGCUGGCAGGGGCAAUUGCCUCCAACCCUGUGGAUGUGGUGAGGACACGAAUGAUGAACCAGCGAGCGAUAGUGGGCAGUGUGGAGCUCUACAAGGGCACUCUUGAUGGUCUUGUGAAGACAUGGAAGAGUGAAGGGUUCUUUGCACUCUAUAAAGGUUUCUGGCCCAACUGGCUUCGGCUCGGUCCCUGGAACAUCAUUUUUUUUAUCACAUAUGAGCAACUGAAGCGACUUCCAUUCUGAGAGCUAGCUUCAUUCCACGAGUGUCAUCUUCAAGGCUCACAGCAGUGUUUUGCUGCAGCCUUCAUUUCACCAUCCCCACGUUUUGAUGUUUUGUUACGUGUGGGUCUGGAUUCUCCUCCUCUCCCACAUUCAUGGUCCCUGAAGGUUGUUCUGGCUGAAGUGUAACUGGGAGGCUGAUGGCAGGUACUGCAUGCUUUGUUCCACACAGAGGCGAGUAUUAACUGUGCACGAGUGUUUGGGCCUGAAGCAAUAUCUUCUGUGAAGAUCUGUGCAUUCCAGUGGCCUUUUGAUGCAGCUGUGGUUUGUUUGACUCAUGUACUUCGUUCUGCUGUACUUGUGGGGUGAGGCUGGAGGCUGGACAGGGGUGCUGUCAUGUUUUCCUGCAACCUGUAACCUCAUUAAAUUAUUUAUUGACUGGA